AGAUUCGUGACAAAAUGAAAUACUACAGAAAGAGGGCAAUCAGGGUCAAUUUGCCCAACAACAAGAGCGUACAUCACUGGACAGCCGACGACGUAUCCGAAUUUCUCUUCCAGAAUGGCAUGGGCCAGUACUCGGAGCUGCUUUGCCAGCAGAACGAGAUCGACGGGGAGGUCCUUCUCCUCCUGAGAGACGUGGACCUGCGACUCCCGCCCAUCUCCAUCCCUGUCCUGGCUCACAUCAAGCGGCUGUCCUCACUGAUCGAUCACCUCCAAAAGCGUGAGCUGGAAUUGGAGGGCCAUGGGGGAUUGGGCAAUGGGAGGCCCAAGAUGUAUCACUACUGUGCCGAUUUGUACGGCCAGGCAGACUUCGACCCCUAUGUUGGUGGUCAGGAUCUAGGCCACAUCAGCCAACAGCUAGACGCUUUCAGCUUCAGUGACGAUGACGGGGACAGUUUUGGCUUUGAAAACUCAACCCCGCAUCGCCCCCCGACACAAACUGCUACCAAGCCCAAGUUCAAGCCGGAGGUCUCCAAGACCGUCAUCAGCUUCCUCUAUGCGACGAUGGUGGGGCUUCUGACUGCGUUUGUGAUGACUGUCGCUCACGACUGCGUGCCGGACAUGACCAAGUUCCCUCCACUGCCGGAUAUCUUCCUGGACAACGUACCGAGAAUCGAGUGGGCCUUUGAGGCUUGCGAAGCAUGCGCUGUGAUUUUAGGAACCAUUCUGUUUAUUGUCGUCUUUUUACACAAACACAGAUUGAUUCUGUUGCGAAGAUUUUUUGCCCUGAUGGGGUCGUGUUUUCUCCUGCGGUGUAUCACCAUGUUUGUCACCUCGCUGUCAGUCCCCGGAUCUCACCUGCAGUGCAGCGGCAAGGUGUAUGGAAGUUAUUGGGUGAAGAUGCAUCGCGCUAUAGAGAUCAUGUGUGGACUGGGCAUGAGCGUGACUGGUGUCCAUACCUGCGGGGACUAUAUGUUUAGCGGGCACACUAUAUGCUUGACGAUGUUCAACUUCUUCAUAUCAGAAUACACCCCCCGUAACAUGACCCUUCUCCACACCGCCUCCUGGGUCCUGAACCUCUUUGGCGCCUUCUUCGUCUUGGCCGCUCACGAGCACUACUCCAUCGAUGUCGUCAUCGCUUUCUGCAUCACCUCUCGUCUCUUCCUCUACUACCACACCCUGGCCAACACGCGUGCCCUCCACCAGCAGCGGGACCAGCGUGCCCGGGUCUGGUUCCCCAUGUUCUCCUACUUUGAAGCUGAGGUGGACGGCGUGGUGCCCAACGAGUACCAGUGGCCGCUCAGCCUGCCUCGCUUGCCGACCUUCGUAAGACGGCAGAAAGCUGAGAAGAUUGACAGCGACUGAUAUUAAUCACCUUCUCUCCACCCUACCCAGCGGUACUCUCUAUUGUUAGAUUGUUAUCUUUGUGUAACUUUGUGCCGUGUUCAUGACAUGAACUCUCUUGGAAGUGUUUCAGAGAGUAGGGAUGUUCAAGAAAAACAUUUCUGGAAUCCUGAUUAUACAUUAAGGGUUGGAUGUUUACCCGUUGAAACGAAAAAAGUUCCAAAUCUGUUUACAGAUUUUCCCAAACAUUGAACAGGAACCAGAGGUUUGACAUUUUAAUUGAUGCAAUCUGGCGUUCAUUUUUAUUGUAAACAACGUCUGUAAAUGUAAUCUGAGUUUCAGAACACUUGCUGCUUGAUCAUAUCAAAGGAAUACUGUGAAUUCAUCAGCGGAUCUUUGUGCCAACUAUCUACAAUGUAUGCACUUUGUCGUGUUUGCAAUGACACUACGGUAAGGGUUUAAAUAAUAUGGGAGAGUUUCCUUAACCCUACUCCUAGGCCUUUUUUGCUUGGGACCCUCCUCAGUACUCCAGAAUCCUCCAAUUUGGGAGGCAAAAAAAUUUGAUUCUCCCUCAAUCCUCCAAAAGUUCUUGAAAAU